CAUGUACAUUUGUGAGAAGCAACAACAUAACAAUGGCCGGCAUGUACACAAAACACAGCUGUCAAUUUUGUAUGUACACAGUGUCAUAGUUAGUUGUUUCGUUCUUUGUCGUUCUGAGUAAUUUGAUACAAAUUUUUUAAUUUCAAUAAAUAAAAUAACCAUGGAAAGCGAGGAAUGUUUGAGGACUAUUCUUAAUAUUGUACGUAUUGUCAAUACUGCACACGAAGUGUUCCAGGAGGUAAAUAGAAACUCCCGAAGGUGGUGGGUUCGUCCUGUCAAUAUUUCACGCGAAGAGGAAGGAUUUUAUAGAACAUGCAUCAAGCAGCUUAAGGAAAAGGAUGAGGAGCAUUUUUAUAAAGCUACGAGAAUGAGCGUUGCUAAAUAUAAUUUAUUGUUGUCGCUAUUAAAGCAACGAUUAAAACGUUUUUCAAAUAGAAAACCAAUUCUGCCUGAGACUCGUUUGGCGGUAACAUUAAUUUUCUUGGCACAAGGAUGCAAUUUCAAUGUCCUGUCUUGGUCGUUUAAACUUGGAGUUUCGACAGUCCGAAAAAUUAUAUACGAAACAUGUGACGCUAUUUGGGAUGAAUUGCAUGAUGCAUAUUUGUCAACACCAAACGCACACGAACUUCGAGAUAUUGCAAGCAAGUUCUAUGUAAAGACUGGAAUGCCGAAUUGCUUGGGAGCUAUAGAUGGGAAGCACAUUCGUAUAACAAGCCCAAGAAAUAGCGGAUCGUUGUACUACAACUAUAAGAAAACGUUUAGCAUUGUACUAAUGGCAGUGAGUGAUGCUAAUUACGUGUUCACAUAUGUUGAUGUCGGUGCUCUAGGAAGCCAAAAUGACGGUGGAAUAUUUGCCCGCAGUGCCUUUGGAAAGAAGUUGCUAAAUGGCACACUGGAAGUUCCUUCUGACACAAACUUACCGGGUACAACGAAUAGCUUUCCGUAUUAUUACGUCGGCGACAGUGCGUUUCCACUGAAACCAAAUUUAAUGCGACCAUUUCCCGGCCGCCACUUACCAGAAGAUAAAGACAAAUUUAACUUAGCGUUGUCUAGAGCCCGAGUGCACAUAGAAAACGCAUUCGGAAUUUUGGCCAAUCGAUGGAGAGUAUUGCAUACAACAAUACAUGCUUGCCCAAAGAAUGCAGACAAAAUUGUUUUAGCUACGGUAGUACUUCAUAACUUUUUGAUGUUACAAAAUGACAGGAAUUACUUCACCCUUGAACUUGCUGACCACUCAGAAGGUAACAGAGAAAUACCCGGACGUUGGAGAGAAGAAGCAAAUUCCCUUGAAUCGUUUCAACCAAGAGUAGCCAAUCGCUCAACUGCAAACGCAUUUCAGUUACGUGAAACCCUAAAAGAAUAUAUUUCAAAUAAUGCCGUAUAAUGUUAACUAUUUUCAUACAAUAUUAUUUUUAUCAAUAAAACACAAGGUUUAUGUUUGUAGUAC